AUGGCUUUUCGGGGGAGGAUUUUAUUGCAGGGCAGCAGGGCUAAAUUUAUUGAAAGUUUGAGGACGGAGUCGAGCUCCGCAAGCGUGCGAACUCUCACGGUGGCUGAGCUCCAGUCCAAGCUGGACAUGUUGGAGAACCAUUGGGCCUUGUUCGACAGUCUCCAUCUGAAGCUGCUGACGGCCAAAGAUAACGAGGAGGAGCAUUCGUUGGACAGGUGCUCCAAGUUCAAAGCUCUGUUUCCUACCGAGGGGAGAUCAUUCGUCGUUCUCAAACGUCGAUGCUUCAACUGCCUGGGGAAGCAUAAUAGGGAGAAAUCACCACUCGAUGAUUCACAUGAGUCGUCCUCAGCCAACACCUCAAGGAUCCUACCCCUCAAGGAACCUGCUGGCUGUCACGAGACUGGGAGGACCCAGUCACGAGACUGGGAGGACCCAGUCUGGCUGGCUGUCACGAGACUGGGUCCUCCCAGUCUCGUGACAGCCAGCAGGUUGUUAAGACAAUGCAGGAGCCUCAGCCCGGCCCAUCCAUACAGUCCACUGCCUCUAGGCCUGACAUGUCUCCACAGUGACAUGCGAUACCAACGCCUGCGCCAGAGUCGUCGCCGCGCCAUGACCUCAGUCUCUCCACAGCCCAGACCAGGUGUGAUUCUCGCCACAGCCCUAGCCUCGCUAGUCUUGAGGGACGGCGCUUCUCACGAGGUUAGGAUGCUGCUGGAUACUGGUUCUGAGCUGUCGUUCGCUACAAGGGAGCUAGUCAAGAAGCUCAACUUACCGAUUUCUCCAGCUGUGCUACCGGUCGUUGGUAUCAGUGGUUCGACCCCUGCCUCUAAUGGGUUCUCUCAAUUUUCUCUCAAGUCUCUGUACUCCAGCAAGCAGAUUCUUGUCAAGGCCUACGUUCUCGAUAGCCUCUUGUCGUCGUUGCCAUCGUUCUCCACCUCUCAACUUCAACAUUGGGAGCAUCUCCGAGGGUUGCAGCUAGCGGAUCCACAUUAUCUGACGUCAAGACCUGUCGAUCUUCUCAUUGGCGCAGAUUUCUUUGGAUCGAUAGUGGAGCCGCAGAUCAUCAAGGGGCCAUCCGAUUCUCCUAUCGCGAUGCUGACACACUUCGGGUGGGUGGUGCUCGGGCCUACCUCUGCAGUGACGUCGGCGGCGAGCUCGCAUCACGUCUCCGUCAGCAACGAGGAACUUAGCGAGCUUCUCACCUCGUUCUGGCAGCAGGAGGAGGUAUCUGCGGCGGAAGGCAAGGACGUCGCUCUCACGAAGAAAGAGGCAGAGUGUGAGGAGUUUUUCCAGCGCACCCAUACUCGAGAUCGCUCGGGGCGUUAUAUUGUUCGUCUGCCUCUCGUUCGCUCUCCCGCAGAGCUCGGGGAUUCUCUAGGCCGCGCGAAGGCGUGCCUCGCGAGCCUGCUUAGGAGGUUGGAGAAAAAUCAAGGAUCUCUGCAGCUUUAUAGUGAAUUUCUCAAGGAGUACGAAGAGUUGGGGCACAUGGUGUGUGUUCCGGCUGUACCUGUCUCAGUCGACUCUCGGAUCUUGGACCGUCAACCUGGCGAGAUGACCUUGGCACAUGGGGCUUCGGCCUCAGGAGGGUUGAGGGUCUCCGAGGGCGGGCGAUCAUACCAGGAUUCCGGUCAGAGUUCGUCUCGGAGGCAAUCUCGCUCUUCUGCUCCUACGUUCUACUUCCCUCAUCAUUGUGUUCUCCGGGAAAGUAGUGAAACUACGAAGCUGAGGGUAGUAUUUAAUGGUUCCAGUAAGAGUAGCUCCGGAGUGUCUCUCAACGACAUCCAGCAUACUGGGGCCAAGCUGCAACGCAAUAUCUCUGAUGUACUGCUCUGGUCUCGACAGAGCAGGUACAUCUUUAUGACGGACAUCACGAAGAUGUUCCGUCAGAUCAAGGUGCAUCGGGAGGACUGGCCUCUCCAACAGACUUUGUGGCGUGAUUCUCGGGGCCACAUCUGCACCUAUCAGCUCACCACCGUCACCUACGGGACCAAGUCUGCUCCAUUCCUCGCCUGUAGGGUUCUCCAUCAGCUGGUCAAGGACGAAGGGUAUCGGUUCCCUCUGGCCGUUUCCCAGCUCCGUCCCGUUAGCCCCCCAUGUAUGAAUUUUCCUACUUUUCCAAUUUUUCUCCGAUUUAUGGUCGUAUGUUGGUGAUUGAUGGUUGAUAAAAAAUGUUUGCUAGUGAUUACUUUUUUUGAUGUGAAACAUCUAUAGGCGCACUCCUAAACCGAAUCGUUGGCGUGGCGAUACUUGCCGUGGCGAGCAAUCGCCACGCUAUACUAAGGUAUGCCUAUCUAUAUUCUGUGUAGUAGAGUGUACGGUGUGGCUUCUCACUCAGUUCGACGUUGUUGUUUACUACGGUACACAUAACCUGCGUUUUAUUUAAUUUUUCAUUUUAAUUAUUGACAAUAAAAUAUGUGUGACAGUGAUAACUCAGAAGAUCAAAGUGAUCAACCUUAUGCAAAGAAAGUGAAACUACACUAUGGUAUACUACCAAGUCAUCAGUAAGUAGAUCGUAUUUUUCAAGUCUCCAUAAAUGUAAUUAUUAUAUUUUUAUAUUUAAUUAAUUAUAUUCAUAUUAAUCAUAUUAAUAAUUUAUAUAAAUUAUAUUAAUAUUAUCUUCAAUUAAGUAUUCUUUUAUUAUUCAUGAAGGAAUUAAUAUAGAAAAAUUUAUUAAUAAAAUUUAUAUUUGCAAAUCUUUAGUCAUAUAUUGCAAUAAUUAACUAUGAUUUGAGUUCAUGAGUAUAUUGAAGCCACACUUCAAUUUUUUUUUUUUGUGUAUUUUAAUAUCAUAUUUUUUUUUUAUAUUUCGGUUACCAACAAUCAUCGCAGGGAUCACAACAUAUUCUUAUUGAAACUGGACGCCACGCUGAUCAUUCAAACACAAGGCAUACUAUCAAUCUUGUGUAAGACUUUAUUAAUCGAAUAGUACCAGACUAUUUUAAUUUUUAUCUUAGAUUUUAUUAACAUAUUUAUAUUUUUUUAAAUAUAAAUGUGUGUUUAUAUUUUUUAAUAUGGAACAACAAUAGAUGCUGUAUUUGUGAGAUAUCUUGAUGAUGUUCCGUCCAAUAUUUUUGUAACGUACUUUAGUUAUCAUCGACCAAUCGUCACAGUAAUACCGGCAGAGGAAACAUCCAAUAUAACUAUUACUGAAAUCACGAAUGAAAAUAUUUAAAUUGUGGCCACUUGAUAUUAAUAUCGAACUUUUAUAUCACAUGUAAAUAAAUGUUUAUUAAAUAAAGUUACCAUUUUCUGUAAGAAAUUCGUAAUACUUCAUUUUUCCAUUAGGCUAUAUUUAAUUCCUGUAAUAAUAUCAUCUUAUAUGCAUGUUACUUGUACACACAUGAUGUUUCACAUCUGGGAGGCGUCCCAUUUUUUAUUUAAUUAUAAAAAUUGGUACCAAAAAAAUAAUCGGUUGGCCCCCCCACUAUACACUUUUGAAAGUUUCUCACCACGAAUGGUCGGGAAAUCGUUUGCUGGCUAUUGCUGGUCCAUAGAAAUCAACUUAAUAAAUAAUAUUAAUGGGUAAACUAUUAAUUUUCUCCCGACGCUCAGGGAGGUGAUGGAAGUUAUCCCCCCCCUCGCUUGAUAGUCCAAACAUUUUUUCGUCAUUAGUCGAUAGGAAAUCAUUUGAUGUUGAUUGAUCGUUUAUAAAUAUUGAUUAAUUCAAUAUUAGUAGGAUGUAAACAAUUAACAUGCUAUCCACGCUCCGAAUGGCGAUUUAAACUCACUAAAUCCAAUAUGGCCGCUAAGGAUCGAUCAGUCGGUUGUCAUUUUGGAGCAGAGAACCUGGCAUUUCGGAGCGUAACAUUACCUGGAUUACCUAUCAACGUGGAGUGGUGGAAUUCUAAUAUGUGUCAAAUGAGUGAGUGUCAAAUUCCCGAAUUGUAUGUCUAAUAUAUCUAAUGAAACCAAUAGUGCCAUAUUUUCUCUGAGAGGCAUAAAACUCAUCGUGAAUCACUCCAGACAGCGUGCCUCGUCAUUUGUUUAGCCUAGGGAUAAUUAAUUCUUUCCUUAAUUCUAUUAACCAUUAAUUGCAUAAAUUAUCAUGUUCCUAUCUAGGUUCUUAUCUUUGAGGGACAGAUCGUUUCAAAUGUACAAUGAAAAUUAUCCGAGAAGUUGCUGCCGUGAAUUCAAUAAUAAAUUGACUGCUAGAUUCGACUGCUUAUUAUUCUCUGUCCACAGGAAAUGAAGCACAUAUUUCAUGCAAUCCAGAAGCAAUAUAUUGGGACACGUAAUGUACAAGGUCAGUAAUUAUGACCAAAACCUCACUCCUCUAUCUGACGUAACAUCUUUCAUUAUUUCUAGUUUUGUCAACACGUACGAAAAUUUUUCAUAGAAAACCCUAAAGAAUUCUUUAGCAAUCUCUAUUGAACUUCUAUUGGAUUUUCUAUACGUUUUUUGCCAUUUCUAUUGACAUGUUCGAUAGGGAAUAUUGUACAGAAAAAUGUCAAUAGAAAAUAAAAGUUAAUAGAAUUUCAUUUUUCUAUAGAAUUUUUCCGACUCAAAUUUUCGAAGUUUUUUCAAGUCAUUUUUUGAUUUUCUUCUCUCAAAAAAAAUCUAAUGAAAAAACUUGGAAAAUCUGAACCGAAAAAAUUCCAUAGACAACGAAAUUCUAUACACUUUUUCUAUAGAAUUUCCUAUCGAACACGUAAAAGGCAACGGCAAAAAACGUAUAGAAAAUUCAACAGAAGUGUUAUAGAAAGUCUAUAGAAAUACCUAUAAAAUUCUUUAGGGUUUUCUAUUAAAAAUUAUCGUACGGGAACAGCGAUCAUUCCGAUAAUCCUCACCCUAUGACUUUUAAUCACCAGAGGAUAGGAGUGACUUAAGAUUAUCUUCCAAAUAGCUCCAUAGGUAUUAAAAGGCAUUUGCGAAAUGGAAACAUUGUUUAUACCAGGCAUAAAGAUGCGUAAAGCUUGGAUUGUUUGGAGGAAAAAAGAAGUUCAACGUAGACCAUACUGGAUAUGGGAAUUGUCCAGACGAUUACAAAGGAUCCUGGGCAAUUCUGUUGCUCCUACCACAAAGACUUCGGCGAUGCGCGUCCUGAAUAUACAGAGGAUAAAGAAGUCUGUCGAGCAAUUGCGAAUUAUUUAAGGCAUCGAAAUUCGCCUCAUUUUAUCUCCAAAAUCCUCAUAUUACUUUGAGUGAACGUAUGCCUGGGAGAGGCUGAUGGAGAUUUUGUUUUCUGUGGAGGAAAUCCCUUGUAAAAAUAGUCUCCGAAUAAAAUUCGCCGGAGAUACCUGCAUCUAGCUACUCAGUGUACAGACUCGACAUAUCUACACCAAAAUGCCACGAGUCGCUGCUGUAAGUCGACCAGAGACUGUUAAACUCGUCGAAGAGUUUAUAGAUCAUUUCAACACAUCAGACCUUCCAGCAUACAGCUCUCCGGUUUGGGAGGCAAUGAGCAAAGCUGUAGGGGGAAGAUGGAAGCGAGACAAUAUUUAUAACACUCUUAGAAGGGACAAAAGUGGAAUCAUCAAUGAGGCCAGGGAGAAUAAGGGAAUUUCUGUAGAACCAAUCCCUGCUGAUGUUGGGGAUCUAACGAUGAAUACUACUUUCGAUGAAUCCCUACCUAUCAGCGAAGAUAACGAUGAUCCUUAUGAGUUUGAACUCAGAGCAUAAGGAGUGGACGUGUUUAAUUUACGAAUCCCUCGAGAAGUAUGGCUCGAGAUGC